AUGGACGAUGCCCUCCUGGAGUUGAUAAACACGUGCGAUGGAAGAUACUGCCGAAUCACAUCUGCAGCAGCAGACGAGCUGCAUGCUCUACUCGAGAUGGUCGACUUCAUGCUGGCUGAAAACGGUGUGACCGGUUACACGGACACCAUGCUGACUGAAGCUCAGGAAAGGAACACAGAAGACUCGGCCAUGAAGAUGCUGAAACAGAAGGUGCGGGAGGUCGAGGAGAAGGAGCAGGCAUUCAAGCAACUGAUUCAACAACAAGAGCAGAGAAGAGCCAAAGAGAUGGAGGAGCUGAAGGCGAAACAUGCAGAGCAAAGAAAGAAGGAGACAGCCGAAAAGAAACAGCAUGAGACAAAGAGAGAGAGCCUGGAGGAGGCUGUGACGAGCCACAGAGCCAUGCUGCAGCUCCAGAUGAGUGCCACUGAUGAUGUUCACACGGAGAAGAUGUCGGUCAUGCUGUUGGGUCUUUCUGGCAGCGGGAAGUCCUCUGCUCUAAUCUAA